CUCUCGAAUUAACGCAAUGAAGAAAGCAAUAAUUUGAAGGAAAGGUAAUAUUAUAUGCAUUUUAAUGGUUAACCGUUAAGACAAAGAUUUAUACAGUUUGAAUUAAAACAAUAAAACCAAUUCCUAAAGUGCUAACAGCGUCCGCUAGAGGGACGACUACAACAUUUCCAUGGCAACUGCUGUAGAACAACAUAAGUUGUUUGCUGUGCAGCUAUCAGUUUUGGACUUUUGACAAUGGAGGUAGUAUCUCUCGAUAUAUCGGCUUUACAAGCAGUGGAUGACUACUGGGAGUACAAAAGGAUUGUGGGCGAUGAUGAUGGAGGAAAACUGUUCACUCCAGAGGAAUAUGAGGAGUAUAAGAGGAAGGUGCUCCCCCAACGAAUAAAAAACAGGCUGUAUGUGAGCUUUGGGGUCCCAGGAGGAAUUGACUGCAAACUCAUUGGUCCUGAGACACAGUGUUUCUGCACACAUAGGUACAAGCAGCAUAAGACCGACUUUAAAGUGGUUCCCUCUGAGCGACCCCUGGCCCUACCCUGCCAGGUCAAUGGAUGUCACUGUCCUGCCUACCAGUAUGUUCCCAAAAUUGGGCCAAACCCUGUCCGCUGCAGGUGUAAACACUUACCUCAGGAUCACAGUGAAGCUACUGGCCAUUUGUGCAAAAAGUGCAGUUCCUGUUCUGGGUUCCAGAGCUCCUUCACCUGCGGGUGCAGCCAGCCCAGCUCUGCCCAUCAGACCCUGGUUGAGACAAAGCUAGAGAGGGAGGCACACAGUUGGCCCAUCGGCAGGGAUGUCCCAUAUGCUGCCAUGGGGGGACUGACAGGGUUCAGCUCCUUGAUCGAUGGUUACCUCGCUUUGGAAGCCAGCAGCUCAGAUCAAGACAGAGAAGAUGGCUGCCAGCAGAGAUGCUCUGCAUCAAGGAUCAAAGAAACGUCUGCUAAAGCAUCCAGCUCCGCUCGCUUGAAGUGUCUGUCUUUGUCACUGUCGUGACAUGCGGGGAUAAUCAACUGUCAGCAACAGCGGUGAUUAAAUGUCUUCUCACAACUAAACAAUUAACUGACAAUGUAUUGAUCCGAUCAGAGCGUGGGGAGCAUUCGUAUGAUGAUCCAGAUUUCAAAGUUUGACACAGUUGUUUGUUAAUUUUAAUGGUGGAUUUAUCUCAUUUGAAAGUAAAGCAUGAUUAGGAGAUCUUAUCUAUGUUAUUUUCUAUGAUCUGGCUGCCAUGUGAGCUGCAGAAAUACCAUGCAUAAACUCAGGGUAAAUAUAUUGAAUUACUGGUUCAUACACAGUUCAGCAUGGGAACACGUGGUCAUCGCUACGAUUUCCUCACAGUCAUAUUUUAUACCCUCACUAACCCAGAUUUUAUUUAUUGCUGUUUUCUAGCAAUGCUUUGAAUUUGUCUCUUAAUACAAGCUCCAUAAACUGGUCAGUUUACACAUCUGA